AUGUCUUUCCAGAAGCCCGAGAAGGAUUUCGGCGAGGGCCCUAAGGUCCACAAGAUCCGUAUCACCCUUACCUCUCGCAAGGUCGCCUCCCUCGAGAAGGUUUGCUCUGAGCUGAUCGAGCGUGCCCGCUCCAAGUCCCUCCACGUCAAGGGUCCCGUCCGUCUUCCCACCAAGACCCUUCAGAUCUCCACCCGUAAGACCCCCAACGGUGAGGGUUCUAAGACCUGGGACAAGUACGAGAUGCGCAUCCACAAGCGUCUCAUCGACCUCCUCGCCCCCACUGAGACUGUCAAGCAGAUCAUCAUCAACAUCGAGGCUGGUGUUGAGGUCGAGGUCACCAUUGCCGCUUAA